GUAUUAACAUUUAGAAAAGGCUAUAAAAGCUGACCUGUUAUCCAAGUAGAGUUUGGACACUAUGGAAGCCAGUGUUGGAGGGACAUGGACGGCUAACUGAAAUGUUAGCCAAAAUAAGGUUGUUUUGCUCACUAUUGCUCUGAGUUCACAUAUCAAGACAUCGUUGAUGAGGACAUGUUAUCAUGGAAACAUGGUCUAGAGCAGAAGAGUCAACUGACAGUUGUCCAAAUGCCAGAUCAUGGAGUUUCCUCAGCAUUCCCAGCAGCUGCUGUCAGCUCUGCGCUCCCAGCGGCAGCGUGGCUUCCUGUGCGACUGCACCGUCUUGGUGGGGUCAUCCAGUUUCCUGGCUCAUCGAGCUGUUCUGGCCUCCUGCUCACCUUUCUUCCACAUGUUUUACUCGGAUUCUGUCGGCAGCACCAGUGCAAACUCUUCCAGCCGCUCUGUCACACUUGACAGCGACAUUGUCACGGCAGCCGCCUUCAGCCUGCUCCUGGACUUUGUUUAUGAAGGGGUGCUUCAGCUGGAGAAGUCUCCGCCGGUGGAGGAUAUAUUAGCAGCGGCUAGCUUCCUGCACAUGAACGAGGUGGUGAGGGUGUGCAAAAGGAGACUGCAGAGACGAGGGCCUCUGGCUGAGGCGGAUAGCACUCGCUCUGAGGAGAGCACUGGGACAAGGAGGGUAAUAGAAACAGGGAGGCAGGAUGAAGGGGAUGGUGGCGCUGAGCCUGUAGUAACUAUGGCAGCAGAUCACUUGAAUUCCAUUGCCAUGACAACAACCCUCUCAUCAGUGUCCCUAACGGCUGGACAGAGUACAUGGGAGUCUGUCAAGUCUGAGUACAGGGUUGAUGCGUGUUCAUCGGAGGCACAACUUAAGACUCCCCUGAGUCCUGAUCUUGCUGAUACCACGCAGCCUGGCAUGGAUGCCCCUCCUCUGUUACCCCGUGCAGACUUGGUGCAAGGACCCGCUGUGGGACAGUCCACACAGGAGUCAGGAGGUUCCAACAGGUUGAGCGCGAGCAGUCAUGGUGAAGGCUCAGCUCUCUGCACUCCAUGCAGCACAACUGAGACAUACAGCAUCAACCAGCAGCCUUCCUCAUCUUCCCUGGUUUCAGAUGUCCAUGCUCGCUGUCCAUCAGCGGUUGGUCCCCAAUCAGAAUUCUAUAACUCACUGGAAGCUCGAACAGGACUUUCAGACUGUGAGCGCAGAGGUACUGCAGGGGGAGAGCAACACACAGUCAUGGUUGUGCAUGCACAAAAGGAGUUGACACUUUCACGUUCACAUUCCCAAUUUCAAAUCCAGAGUGCCUUCUCACUCCAACGUGGAGGCCAGAACUCCACGCUUCAGACUCCUCAAAAUGUGGUUGCCCCUGAGAUGGAGACAAGUGGAAGGGCUCAUCCUCUUAUAGGAUUAGCGACUGUGGACAAUGAUGGUGACAAUGCAAAAGUCAAAGUGGAGGCUAUUGUUAUUUCUGAUGAGGAACAGGAGGAGGAGAAAGAGGAAUGCAAAGUGAGCGAGCCAGUGAUGGAAGUGGAUGAGGACUUUGAAGAUGACAUCCAGGAAGAGGAGCUGAACACACUCUCCUCCCGCCACAUAACUUCCGACUACACCUUUCCUCUCUCCCCUUCAUCCUCUUCUUCGGUGGCCGCCUCGUUCCUUCCUCCACCGUCCAGGACACAGCAACACUCGGACCACACACCCUUUUUAACAGACUUCCAGGACACUAUGGGAGGCAUUGUAGAGGAUGUCCCAACGUGCUGCGUCUGUGGCAAAACCUUCUCAUGCACGUACACGCUAAGACGCCACGCUAUCGUGCACACGAGAGAGCGCCCCUACGAGUGCCGCUACUGCUACCGCAGUUACACGCAGUCCGGAGAUCUCUACCGACACAUUCGCAAGGCUCACGACCAAACAUCGCGACCCAAACGCAGUAAGACUGAUGUGGAGAACCCAAAACGGGCACAACCACCACCACCACCCCCGCUUAGCUAAUAAAUAUCAGUUCGUACUUUUUUUAAUACCGCUUUUCCCAUUGAGUGUCAUGAGGCAGCUGGUGCGAAAGGCGGUUGUAACAAUCCUGGACUGGUUGCAAGUCAAUAACAGGGCACAUAUAGAGACAGACAACUUUUCACACCAUCACUGAGUGGGAAUUGAAUCCACACUACCAGCUAACUGCUACACAAUCAAUGACUCGGCUAACAUAGAGAUUCUCCAAAUUAGUAAGCAAGUCCAAUUUAACCCCGAUAUCCAUUUUGUGUCAAAGAGCAGGGGCAAACUUACAAUUAGGUCACCCCCCACCAACAUCCCAUAAAAAUUAAUUAACUGAUUAAUAAAGUUUCCUUUCUUCUCAUGCUUAAAACACAUCAAACUGCUUAAUCAUGAUGGUUUUUAAUGCUCCGUCCUCCCCUUUCAUACAAUGGACUGUUGCAUCUUACUACACAUAAAUUAUGCAGACUGAAUUAAAGAAGAGGGUAGAAAAACAAAUACAUUUUUUUGGUAUGUUGUGAGGAAAAUUAAAAUGACGUUAUCCCAGUGGAGCCGAGAAGGCAAGAGGAAAACAGUUUUUAAUCAUAACUACCAAAGGUUUCAACCAUUUUCAUUGCAACACUGAAUUUGUGCACGCGCUAACAGUAAGAGCCAGACGCUCUUGCCAGUUGCAGUAGUGCUACUAUUGGUGUCAGCCAAGGGGGAUGCAUGGAGAGUGGCACAAUGGACGCUUUUCAUCACGAAGAUGAGUAUGAAAGCAGCAGAAAUGGUAAACUGUUGAUUAAUAUUCUUAUUAAUUACAGCAAAAGCAUUGAGAUGAUUCACUUUUGACAGGGUUUUAAGGACUUUAUCAGGCUCAUGAAAUUUUCUUAAAUUCACACUUUUUAGUUGCUUACCUUGGGCCCUCAAUUGACUAAAUACAGGUCUACAGUGGGUACAGAAAGUAUUCAGACCCCCUUAAAUUUUUCGGUCUUUGUUAUAUUGCAGCCAUUUGCUAAAAUCAUUUAAGUUAUUUUUUUCCCCCUCAUUAAAGUACACACAGCACCCCAUAUUGACAGAAAUAUUUUUGCACAUUUAUUAAAAAAGAAAAACUGAAAUAUAACACAGCCAUAAGUAUUCAGACCCUUUGCUGUGACACUCAUAUAUUCAACUCGGGUGAUGUCUAUUUCUUCUGCUCAUUCGUGAGAUAGUUCUACACCUUCAUUGGAGUCCAGCUGUGUUUGAUAAUACUGAUUGGACUUGAUUAGGAAAGCCACAUCCCUGUGGCAUAAGACCUUACAGCUCACAGUGCAUGUCAGAGCAAAUGAGAAUUAUGAGGUCAAAGGAACUGCCUGAAGAGCUCAGAGACAGAAUUGUGGCAAGGCACAGAUCCGGCCAAGGUUACAAAAAAAUGUCUGCUGCACUUAAGGUUCUUAAGAGCACAGUGGCCUCCAUAAUCCUUAAAUUGAAGACGUUUGGGACGACCAGAACCCUUACUAGAGCUGGCCGUCCGGCAAACUGAGCAAUCGGGGGAGAAGAGCCUUGGUGAGAGAGGUAAAGAAGAAACCAAAGAUCACUGUGGCUGAACUCCAGAGAUGGAAAUAGGAGAAAGUUUUUGGCCUUAAUUCUAAGCGGUAUGUGUGGAGAACACCAGGCACUGCACAUCACCUGUCCAAUAUAGUCCCAACAGUGAAGCUUGGUGGUGGCGGCAUCAUGCUGUGGGGGUGUUUUUCAGCUGCUGGGACAGGACGACUGGUUGCAAUCGAAGGAAAAAUUAAUGCGGCCAAGUACAGGGAUUUUCUGAACUUCUUUUCUGAUUGCGCCAUAGCCUUCUCCAGAGCGCUCAGGACCUUAGACUGGGCCGAAGGGUCACCUUCCAACAAUACAAUGACCCUAAGCACACAGCUAAAAUAACGAAGGAGUGGCUUCAGAACAACUCUAUGACUGUUCUUGAAUGGUCCAGCCAGAGCCCUGACUUAAACCCAAUUGAGCAUCUCUAGAAAGACCUGAAAAUGACUGUCCACCAACGUUCACCAUCCAACCUGACAGAACUGGAGAGGAUCUGCAAGGAGGCAUGGCAGAGGAUCCCCAAUUCCAGGUGUGAAAAACAUCAUUCCCAAAAAGCCUCAAAAGAGUGCUUCUACUGAUCACUCAGCAAAGGGUAUGAAUACUUAUGGCUGUGUGAUAUUUGCGUUUUGCUUUUUUAAUAAAUCUGCAAAAAUGUCAACAAUUCUGUUUUUUUCUGUCAAAAUGGGGUGCUGUGUGUACAUUAAUGAGGGGGGAAAAUUAACUUAAAAUGAUUUUAGCCACUGGCUUCAAUAUAACAGAGUGAAAUUUUAAAGGGGUCUGAAUACUUUCCGUACCCACUGUAUGUAACAAUACUGCAAUUUAGAAUUCAACUCCAAAAAACAAAAGCUUCUUUGUUGCAACCAGGGUUAGGACCAGCCUCACUCACGACCCUUGUAUUGAAUCUUAUUAGUCCAUGGAGGGGUUUCUAAUAAACUUAAUAAAAUGUCCAGUACUUUUCUGUACAGGUACUAUGCACCUGAUGAGAUAAAGUUUGUUUCUUAAUUUUUAAAACAUGUGACCAAAACAUUUUCAAGAAACUACAUGUGCAUCUUAAUAAAUCAGAAUAUCGUUGAAAAAUGUAUUUCUUCAAUUCAAAAAGUAAAACUUGUAUGUUAUAUAGAUUCAUUAAACACAGGAAAAUACUUUUCAAAAGGCCAAUUUCUAUAUAUCCUGAAAUAUUUCAGUGUGUACUAAAUCUGUAUACUGUAUGAGUUUCACAUUUUGAAUGGAACUCUUAAAAUAUUUUUUUCUCCACCAUAUUCUGAUUUAUGGAAAUGCACCUAUGUAUGUAAUCCACUCACAAGUGACUGAACUGACAUCUUGCAGAAUAUUUCUAAAUGAAACAGAAGCCUUUUGCCCUGUAAAGUCUAUAUUGUAUUUAAGAGGUUUGUGACUGUCUAUAAUUAUUUGUGUUGCAUUACAAAAAGAUGGUGGGCUCUUCCCACGCAAAAAAAAAAAUAUGGUUAUGGAAUUGGAUCCGUUUUAUUUAUUGUUAUUGUGCCAUAAAUGUGAAUUUGUAUCGUCUUAUUGAAGGGGACUAAUCACAGAAUGACAUCUUCUGAUGUCUACAGCAAAAUGAUUUUAAUUUGUAAUGUGUUAUUUUUUAUCAAUACAGUGUAUGUCAGACUGGUAGUAUUAGAUGAUGUAAUUCGUUGUGCUGUUGACUUUUACUGGAUUGGAAUGAAUUGUCCUGUAUUCUAUCAAUCCUACAUCAUCGGAAUGUGAUGGACAGAAUAUUAGGAACAUCUGAUUUUGCCAAAAAUGAUCACCAUGGAUUUUUUUAAAUUAUUAUUGUUAUUGCAGAGCUGAUGUAUUGUGCUGCAUUUGUUUUAUCUUUGUGCUUAGUAAAUUGGGGAGUGCAGGGCUCCAGUUAAGCACCUAAAUAUCCAUCCAUCCAUUUUCCAUACCGCUUGUCCUCCAGAGGGUCGAAGGCAUGCAGGAGCCCAUCCCACCUAUCUGUGGGCGAGAGGCGGGGUACAGCCUGCACUGGUCGCCAGCCAAUCACAGGGCAAAUGUAAACAAACAAUCACUCGCACAUUCAUACCUACGGGCAAUUUAGAGUCUUAAUUUAACCCACUAUGCAUGUUUUUGGGAUGUGGGAGGAAACCCACGCAGGCAUGGGAAGAACAUGCAAAACUCCACACAGGCGGGGCCAGGAUUUGAACCCCGGUCCUCAGAACUGUGAGGCAGAUGUGCUAACAAGUUAAACACUGUGCCGCCACACCUAAAUAUGCCAAAGUUGAAAUAUCAUCAUGGAAGCACUGAGAGAGAAAGAUUUUAUUUUUUGGCAGUGACAAGUGACACCCAGUUCACCAUGGAAGCAAUGGGACAAACAUGUUUUAAAAAAGUAACAGGUGUCUCCAAUUGCCCAAAGAUUAUCAGUCUUGUUGUCCUCUGAAAUUUUGGAAAUUAAUACCAUAUAAACAUUAUAGGAAUGUG